CGCGCCCAGACAGCCUGGUAAUGGCUGCGCCCGAAGGGUCGCUGCGAAAACGGAAGGUCGGAGAUGCGGAUCAGGGUCCAGCGUCGCCACCCGCUCCGGCUGGAGAUCCUGAGGCCUCUCCAGCUCGGCUGCGCACGGGCACCUUCUGGCUGACCAGGGUCGUGCUCCUGCGGGCCCUCGCUUUCAUUUACUUUGUGGCCUUCUUGGUGGCAUUCAAUCAGAACAAGGCCCUCAUUGGUGACCAGGGCCUGCUGCCCUGCAGAUUGUACCUGAAGAAUGUCCAGCAGUACUUCCAGGGCAAGACCGGCUGGGCUGCUUGGAGCUAUACUCCAACUAUUAUGUGGCUGUUGGACUGGUCAAACAUGAACUUCAACCUGGACCUCCUUGCUGUCCUCGGGCUGGGCCUCUCAUCCUUUGUCCUGGUGACCGGCUGUGCCAACAUGAUACUCAUGGCUGCCCUCUGGGUCCUCUACAUGUCCCUGGUCAACGUAGGGCAGAUCUGGUAUUCUUUUGGUAAGUGACAAUCAUGCAGAAAAAACUCUGCGAGGGCUUGCCUUGUGUGUUGG